AUGCAGAACGAUUGGUUAGACAUGGGAGAUUUUUGCAUUCCACUAGCACUAAAAUGGCGCACCCUAAUUCAUGACUGGUCGCCAGCCUUGCUAAAAUUUUAUCUCAAUGCGUUCCAGAUGACUCUCCCAGAUCAGAGUAAUUUAGUAAGAUGGGGUAAAGGUACCGAAAAAACUUGCUAUAUCUGCGGAAAGGCAGUUGGAACUGCCAAGCAUUUGCUGGUGGGAUGUAGGGUUCUCCUGGACAGCGGUCAAUACUCGCGUCGUCACGAUAGGGUUUUAGAGAUCAUACGUGAAGCGGUUAGUCUUUCGGUAGCCAGAGCGCAAAGGGAAAUAACCACAAACGAGCGAUCAAUAGGUUUUGUGAGAGAGGGCACCAGGGCUAUAAAAUCAAACGUCAAGCCUUACUCUAUCCUUAAAGCGGCUUCGGAUUGGACUAUCAUGAUGGAUACGUAUGAGAAACAAUACAAAAUCCCCGAGGAUAUUUGUGCGUCGGCCUCCAGACCAGACAUAUUUCUAUAUUCGCGUAUUUUAAAGCGCGUUGUGAUGAUAGAGCUUACGGUGCCUUGGGAAACCAACAUCCCCAAAGACCAUGCCAUCAAGGUCAAUAAGUAUUACGAGCUCACUAACGAACUAACUCGAAAUAGGUUCGUCGUUGAUUUGUACGCGGUAGAGGUGGGAGCGAGAGGUAUAACAGCUAAAUCUCUCUAUAACCUACUAAAAGACUUGGGCCUGUCCAGAACUAACAUUAAUUCAUUCUUAGAACGUACGUCGAAGGCAGCCCUAGUAGGUUCUUUUCAAAUUUGGUUAGGUAGGGAGAGGAACUUGGACAGUGGAGGUGAGCGUAUAACGCGCGUUAUAUGA